CUAGCCGGAGUCUAUGCCACUCCGGCCGUGAACUUUUAUGCAUCUCGCCUGUAGUGCCUUCAGCAUACAACUUUCACGCCGCAGCGCGACCUUCGCUACGGUGGCCGCUUCCGCCGCCGCCGCUGUGCUCUACCGCAACCGCGCAAUCGCCUUCCACGCCCAAAAUGGAGAUGUUAUUUCAGCCCUGAGAGUAUUCAACUACAUUCCCUCACCCACCAUCGUUUCCUGGAACUCUCUCCUGGCCGCCUUCUCCAAGUCUCCUGGAAAACUCAAAGAUGCCCUCAACCUCUUCGAUAAAAUUCCGCAGCCAGAUGUCAUCUCUUUCAACACCCUUCUCUCCUGCCAUCUCAUCAAUUCCGACCUCCUCGGUGCGCGCCAACUUUUCUCCUCCAUGGUCGUCAAAGAUGUCACGUCCUGGAACAUCAUGGUCUCCGGCCUUGCACGCCAUGGCCUCAUCGAUGAAGCACGAGAACAUUUUCUCUUCAUGCCAGAAAAGAAUUCUGUUUCGUGGAACGCCAUUGUCUCCGCUUUUAUUCAAGCUGGAGAUCUGUAUUCAGCAGGGGAGUACUUUUCUCAGGCGCCGAAUAAGAAUGAUAUUGUCCUCCGGACGUCCAUGAUUGCUGGGUUCAUGUCUGUUGGAAAGAUUGAGCGUGCAUGGGAGUAUUUUUAUACCAUGCAUGCGAGGAAUUCGGUUACUUGGAAUGCGAUGAUUGCUGGGCUUGUUGACAACGGCCAGUACGAGGAAGGGCUAAAGCUAUUUAGAAGAAUGAUUGCUGCCCAAGAGGUGCACCCGAACCCGUCCACGCUGAGCAGCUCGCUGCUUGCUUGCAGCAAUUUGUCAGCUUUAGAGUCGGGGAGGCAGAUCCAUCAGUGGGUUUCAAAGCUUCCCAUAAGCAUGAUUCAAUGUGUUGGUACGUCGUUAUUGAGCAUGUAUUGCAAGUGCGGAGAUUUGGCUAGUGCUUGCAAGUUAUUCGAAGACAUGCCUGUUAAGGAUAUUAUUACAUGGAACGCGAUGAUCUCUGGAUAUGCUCAGCAUGGGCAUGGAGAAAGAGCGAUACAAUUGUUUGGGAGGAUGAAAGAUGGAGCUUUGAAGCCUAACAGGAUCACAUUUGUCACUUUGUUGUUAGCCUGCAUUCAUUCAGGGUUGGUUGAUAUUGGGAUGAGGUACUUUGAAUCAAUGGAAGAAGAUUAUGGUGUGAGGCCUUCUGCUGAUCACUACACUUGCAUGGUUAAUCUCCUUUGUCGAGCUGGCUUGCUCAAGAAAGCAGUGCACUUGAUCCAUUCGAUGCCAUUUGAGCCACACCCAGCUACAUUUGGCACUCUAUUGAAUUCUUCUAGGAUCCACAAGAACUCAUUAUUUGCAGAAUUUGCUGCAAGGAGGCUGGUUGAAUUGGAGCCUCAAAAUGCUGGGGCUUAUGUCCAGCUUGCCAAUGUUUAUGCUUCCAUGAAUAGAUGGGAUGAUGUUGCAAAGGUGAGGAAAAGGAUGAAGGAGAAUCAAGCUGUGAAGAUGCCCGGGUACAGUUGGAUUGAGGUUGGGGGAGCUGUUCAUGAGUUUAGAUCUGGGGAUAGACUUCAUCCCCAUUUGGAGAUGAUACAUGAGAAGUUAAAUGAGUUGUGGACACGAAUCAAGGAUGCUGGAUAUGUGCCUGAUCUUGAGUUUGCUUUACAUGACGUUGGUGAUGAGCAGAGGGAGAUGAUACUUAUGAAGCAUGGUGAGAAGCUUGCUAUUGCUUUUGCGCUCAUCAGCACUACACCAGGAACUCCUCUUAGAAUAUUCAAAAAUCUUAGAGUUUGUGGAGACUGUCACCAUGCCAUCAAGUACAUUUCCAUUAUUGAACAGAGGGAAAUUAUCUUGAGAGAUAAUACAAGGUUCCAUCACUUCACCAAUGGUAAAUGCACAUGUGGGGAUUACUGGUGAGGAAAGUUUAUUCAAUCUUUGCGUUUUUGGGGCAAGUAGAGAUAUCAAGAUUUUAUUUUUGUGCAUUCUUGUUUUAGAAAGUUGGUUGACUAUCCCAAAUUCUGAAGAAAAGGUGCCGUUAGCAGUUUACUCGUUGUGAAUUCAUGGCAUUUAUCUCUUUUUCCUACAUCCACAUUGUAUGGUUCAUGCAUCGAAUUACGGGAUUUUUCCUACCAUCAUAAGAAGCAAUUCACUUUGAAACAUCAACUGCAUAUUAAAACGAUAUGCCCGAAGAGCUAAAUGCAUGGUCGGCAAGGAUAAAUCAUUGGAACCACAUAAAAGGUAUCAUGGAAAUAAUCCGAUGUUUGACUUAUUGCCAUCAAGCGUAUUUUUUCAUUUCCUUAAAGCCAUUAUGUUCAUUCUGUAGCAAUCCACCAAAGCCAGCAGAUACACCGAAAACAUAGCUUUUAAUAUGGUAAUUGCUUGCUCAUAUUUUUUUAAAAAUCCAAAUAACUCUGUAUUUCUUAAAAUCCAAAUAGCGCUUUUUCCAACGAUGUGAAUGCUACUACUCUCUUGGUUUGAGGCAUCCUGAGCUACCAAAACUUCUCAUGCUUCAUGAUAUCUUGCAAUUGAUGUCAUUCUGAUUGUAUCAACAAGAUGUGUUCA